CUUAAGCCCAUGAUGAUCUCUGGUGGUAUUGUAGCUUCUAUUGCGGGAGGCUGGGCUCUUGUGCGCAAGACCUUCCUGUAGAUGCCGCUCGUUCCGUUUCGUUGUAUUCUAGCACUCGAACCGAGUCGACCUCCAUUCGCCAACAGUUGUCCGAAAUGAUUGUCCAUUAUGGGUUUGUUUCAGCAAAGCGGGAGGGUGUUGUUAUUUAAUUUAUUUUUGGUCCACGCUGUAUUAGAACGAUUUUUCUUGUUAUUCCUCGAAUCUCUUCCCUCCGGCGCUCGAAGCAUUUGCAUUAUCCAUGGUUGGGACCGGCAUGGUAAUGGGUCUAAACUUUCCUGUACAUAUAGCGGUCCCCUGCGUUUAUGGGUUCUUGAUGGCGAAAUGCAGGUUUUAUUUCGUCCUGUCUGGUGAUCUUAAUUCUUUAGGAACUCACAAUGAAAGACUUGAUGCCAAAACG